AUGGAUAAUACCUUGUGUCGAAGGUUUGAUACAUUGAGAAACUAUUUACCCGAUGACUUAAGCAAACCUAUAACUAGUGAUAUUAAUCGUUUAGGGAACAUUAAGAAUUAUUGUUCUAAUGAAGAAUCAGGGAAAACAGAAUGUAAGACUGAUCUCGAUAAAAUAAAUGGUGGAUGUAUAUGGUUGUUUGAGCAAUUGUUUGUGAAAAAUCAAAAUGAUAUCAAUAUUGUUGAAUACAUUAUCAUAUGGUUAAGUUAUAAAUUAAAUCAAAAGUUGCACGAAGGAAUCAACAAUCUAAAUGAUUUUUAUGAAGCGCACAUAAUGAAUAAUACGUAUUAUAAUAAGUGUGAUAAUGGUGGUCAAGAUUGUAGUAAUUCAUUAAAAGAAAUAAUGGGAUAUACAAAUUAUAAGGAAAUCAUAGAUAACAAAAAGGAAUUAUUGAAUACUAAUUUUGAGUAUAUGUCUAAAUUUUAUGAUGCAUUUAAAUCAUUAUGUAACAUGUAUACUGAACUUAAUGCAAACGACACAACAGAUAAGAAAUAUUUAGAAAAUGCUAAAGAAUUUGUUAAAAAAUAUAAACAACUUAAUGAAGAUUCAGGGAUUAGUGGAGAUAGUUCAUAUAGACAAAUAUUGUCUACAUUAUCAAAUGAUUAUAAUAAUUUUAAAAAUUAUUGUAGUAGAAGUAAAGUUGAUUGUAGUGAUAUUCCGCUACUUCCAGAUAUAAAAACAAAAGAAAAUGGUGUGCAAAAUUCUGACCCGAGUUCCGAACACAUUUCUGAAGUUACAUCAUCAAGUUCAUCGAUAAAAAACAAAUUAAUUCCAUUUGUAUCGAUAAUUGUUGCAAUACCAAUAUUCUUGGGAAUUUUUUAUAAGUAUUCAUUAUUUGGAUUUCGGAAGCGACCUCAAAAACAACAUUUAAGAGAAAAGCUAAAAAAAUAA